UCCAACGGUCGUAACCCCACCCGCACCGCUACAUGGCUACAGCAGCACCAGCUCUCCCCAAAUCCACCUCCGCGCCGUGCGCCGCCGCCGUUCUCUUCUAGGUUUCCGGCGGUGAGCUGCUGAGACCGAGGAGUGCGCCACCGGGGCUCAGCCGUCGCCGCUUGAGAUGGCGGGGGCGCUCGCGGGAGCCGGGAUCGUGUGGCAGACGCCGGCCAACCCGCCCGAGGCGCAGGACUACAUCUUCCGCAACGGGCGGCGCUACGUGAGGCCCUAUUACUUCGAGUUCAUCUCCCAUGCGAAGAACAGAUGGGCUGGGAAGACCAUUGUAGAUCUCUUCACGGAUGAAUUCAAGGGGCGGCCCCGUGAAUACUAUGUUCAUGCAGUGAAGUGCGGGAGGCUUCAGGUGGAUGAGCAAAUGGUUGAAGAAGACUAUAUUGUGAAAUCAUCACAAAAGAUAAGCCAUUUCUUGCACAGGCACGAGCCACCAGUCUUGGGUGGUAAUAUUGUAAUCCUUCAGAAUGAAGUUGAUGUUGUAACUGUUUGCAAACCGGCAUCUGUUCCAGUUCAUCCCUGUGGACAGUACCGUAAAAACACCGUAGUAGGCAUUAUGGAGGCAGAACAUGGAUUGACGCCCCUAUUUCGUAUCCUUUGCUUCAGAAAUGCCAUCACUGGGUAAUGGCUUCCAUUAUACUCCCUCAACUACUCUUUAGGAGAAAGUCCUUUUCGUUUCCUCAAACUAUUUAUUGUGCUCACAUUGACCCCAUAAACUAAAUUUGGGAUCACUGGACGUCUAAACACCCUUCCUCUGCGAUUCCAGGCAAACAGUGAUUUGUAAUGCUUGAACGCCAUGCAGGGAACUUAUGCAGCAAAGAGGAUAAUUCAUCACUGUCUUAUCCCCUCCUCUUGGUCAUGUACUCGCCCGCCUUCAGGCGUGACAGGAAAACAGGGACAGUCCAUGCCGCUUCUUGCUCUCGUGGUACGGUCUCGAAGACGUGAGUUCCACACCGUGUGAUUUUGGUUCCUGCCUGCUGCACGGGACCCUUGAUGUUCACACCUCAGAUCUCCACCAUGCAAGCUCCGCGGCCGUACCCUGCUGGCUGUUCGACCGCCUCUGUGCCGCCGCCAACCCCCCCCCCCCCCCCC